CCCGCAGCUGAGAGCCGAGCCUUUGCUUCGCAGCAGCUGCCUUGGAGCAGCCAGGCGCCCUCCGAGCGCCCGCGCGCCGAGCCCAGGAUGGCCUAUUCUGAGGAGCAAGGAGGUGUGCCCUGUGGUUUCACCCGCCAGAAUUCUGGCAACUCUAUCUCCUUGGACUUCGAGCCCGACAUGGAGUACCAGUUUGUGGAGCGGUUGGAAGAGCGCUACAAGUGUGCCUUCUGCCACUCCGUGCUGCACAACCCCCACCAGACGGGCUGUGGGCACCGCUUCUGCCACCGCUGCAUGCUGUCCCUGAGAGAACUGGACGCAGUCCCACUCUGCCCUGUAGAUAAGGAGGUGAUCAGAUCUCAGGAGGUGUUUAAAGACAACUGCUGCAAAAGGGAAGUCCUCAAUUUGUAUGUUUUUUGCAAAAAUGCUCCCAGAUGUAAUGCCAAGAUUACUCUGGGACGAUACCAGGACCACCUUCAGCACUGCCUCUUCCAGCCUGUGCAGUGCUCUAAUGAAAACUGUCGGGAGCCCGUCCUUCGCAAAGAUCUGAAAGAGCAUCUGAGCGCAUACUGCCAGUUUCGAGAGGAAAAAUGCCUUUAUUGCAAAAAGAAUGUGGUAGUCAUCAAUCUACAGAAUCACGAGGAAAACUGGUGUCCUGCCUACCCAGUAUCUUGUCCCAACAAGUGUUUGCAGACCAUUCCAAGAACUGAGGUGGAUGAACACCUGGUCGUGUGUCCCGAAGCUGAACAAGACUGUCCUUUUAAGAACUAUGGCUGUACCGUAAAGGAUAAACGGGGGAACCUGCAGGAACAUGAGCAUUUGGCCUUACGGGACCACAUGCUUCUGGUUUUAGAAAAGAACUUCCAAUUAGAGGAGCAGAUUUCUGACUUAUAUAAGAGCCUAGAACAAAAAGAAAGCAAAAUCCAGCAGCUAGCAGAAACGGUAAAGAAAUUCGAAAAGGAGUUCAAGCAAUUUGCGCAGUUGUUUGGCAAAAAUGGAAGCUUCCUCUCAAAUAUGCAGGUUCUUGCCAGUCACAUUGACAAGUCCGCUUGGCUAGAAGUUCAGGUGCGUCAGUUAUUACAAAUGGCUAACCAGCAACAGAGUAAAUUUGAUCUGAGGCCUUUGGUGGAAGCAAUUGAUACAAUGAAACAGAAAAUCACCCUGCUGGAAACCAAUGACCAAAGACUAGUUGUUUUGGAAGGGGAGACUAACAAACAUGAUGCCCACAUUAAUAUUCAUAAAGCACAGCUGAAUAAAAACGAAGAGCGAUUUAAACUGCUAGAAAGCGCCUGCUAUAAUGGAAAGCUCAUCUGGAAGGUGACAGACUACAAGCUCAAGAAGAAGGAGGCGCUGGAUGGACACACAGUCUCCAUCUGCAGCCAACCCUUCUACACCAGCCGGUGUGGCUACCGCCUCUGCGCUCGAGCCUACCUGAACGGGGACGGGUCUGGGAAGGGGACGCACCUGUCGUUGUACUUUGUGGUGAUGCGAGGGGAGUUUGACUCACUGUUGCAGUGGCCGUUCAGGCAGAGGGUGACCCUGGUGCUUCUGGACCAGAGUGGCAAAAAGAACCACAUUAUGGAGACCUUCAAGGCCGACCCCAACAGCAGCAGCUUUAAGAGACCCGACGGGGAGGUGAACAUCGCCUCCGGCUGUCCUCGCUUUGUGGCUCAUUCCACUCUGGAGAAUGCCAAGAACACCUACAUUAAGGAUGACACCCUCUUCUUGAAAGUGGCUGUGGACUUAACUGACCUGGAGGAUCUCUAAUCAUUGCUUCCGGGGUGAUAAAAGGACUCCUUGAAUCCAGAACCUGUGGUUAAUGUAGUGACUGAGUCUGGGCUCAGUGCAUAUUUGAACUUGGCUUUUUGUCCUUAAUGUGUGAAGUCAUUUUAAGGCUUCUCAAGUGCUGUCUUCUUUUUACAUUUUAUUGUCCCAGUUUGAAACUUACAAUACUCAGACUAUCUUCUCAUUAUUUAUAUUUUUAUAUCUUUUGAAAGACGUUAACUUCCUUAAAUGUCAGGACUGAAGCAUACCUCUUUAACUGGUGCUUAGUGUGGGGUCUCAGGGUCUCAGCCUUCUAUAAUAUUAAAUGUCUUUGAGGACACAGAUGUAUUAAUAGGACUUUCAGUCGAAACUGCUUUGGUAUUUUUAUAUUUGGCCUGUGGAUUCUAGAACUGACCUUAAGCCUACAAAAGCUAUCUUUUAGGAUGGGCUAUUUCAGUUAAGUAGAUGGGUGGUGGUUGUUAUUUAGUCACUAUGUCAUGUCAGACUUUUUGUGACCCUGUGGACUACAGCCCACUGGGCUCCUCUGUUUGUGGAAUUCUCCAGGCAAGAAUGCUGGAGUGGGUUGCUAUUUCCUCCUCCAGGGGAUCUUCCCAACCCAGGAAUUGAACCUGUGUCUCCUGCUUGGCAGGCAGAUUUUUUUACCUAUGCCUCCAGGGAAGCCCAAGUAGAUGGAUAGUGUACUUCAAAGUCAGUAUACCCGGUUUGAAUCAAACUUUUUUGGGUUAAAUACUGUAUUGUGGAAGCUACUACACUUUUAAUAUUUUCAUGAAAUUUACCAGUAGUCAGCAAGCACAGUUUUGCAAGGCUGCAUAAGAGCUUGUGAAUAGAGUAAGUAUUUUCGUUCUUCCUGCUGAAGUAAAGCAGAAAACACUGCAUAGUAUAUAUGCAUAAGGAGAUACAGCCAUCCAGCUAAAGUUCAUAUUAGGUCAAACCACAUGAAAAAACUAUUUACAAACAAAAUGAUCAAAUAUUAGCAAUUUCAUAAGAUUCAACUUAAUAUAUACAUACAUGUUUAAACAUAGUUUAGAGGUAUUUUGGUAAUUAUAGUAAAUUAAUAUUAGGAUGGGCAGAAUUUGGUAUAUGAUGGAGAAAAUGUCAUAUAUGGAUAAGAGGAAUUAAAACCUAGGGAGAACACCAUUACAAUUUCCUCUGGAAAUCAGAACGCCCAUCUGACAUUGAUGGCUAAGAAGAGUGUCUCUUUUUCUUUUUGAGUAGAAUUUUGAGUUCAUAAAUUGGUUUGAAAAUUGGCAUUUAUGUAAACUUAUCAUGUUUCUUGUCAAAGUCCUGAGUACUUUGUGAAACAGAAAGAACAUGUUCUUCUGUAUCUAUCUGUAUGGGUCUGAGAGUGUAAAUACAAGUCUAUACAAAGUC